CGGAUAUAAGAGCCUCCGGGCUCGGCCAGCCCGCACAUGAGGCACAUUCCCUUCUUCUCCUGUUUCCCACGAGGCCUGUGGUCAAGAUGAAGGUUCUCAUGGGUCCAGACCCUUCUGAGAUUUACCGACCGGAGGGGAACAAAAACAAAGAGGACUUCCGAAACUACACUUCAGGACCCCUCCAGGAUCGAGUCUACAACACGUACAAGCUCAUGCACACCUACCAAACCGUGGACUUUGUCAGGAGAAAGCAUGCGGAAUUUGGCGGAUUCUCAUAUAAAAAGAUGUCCGUGAUGGAGGCCGUGGAUCUCCUGGAAGGGCUGGUGGACGAGUCAGACCCAGAUGUGGACUUCCCCAAUUCAUUUCAUGCGUUUCAGACGGCUGAGGGCAUCCGGAAGGCUCACCCAGAUAAGGACUGGUUCCACCUCGUGGGGUUGCUGCAUGAUCUGGGGAAGAUCCUGGUUCUGGCUGGAGAGCCACAGUGGUCAGUGGUUGGAGACACCUUCCCUGUUGGUUGCCGCCCCCAAAAAUCUGUUGUCUUUUGGGAUUCAACUUUUCAAGACAAUCCUGAUACCAAGGACCCUCGAUACUGCACUGAGUAUGGCAUGUACGAGCCCCACUGCGGCCUGGAGAAGGUCCUGAUGUCCUGGGGCCACGACGGGCCAGGCCGGGUCUGUGGAAUGGGAGCUGCAGGAGGGAGCUCUGGGGGGAGGGGAUCUUCAAGGCUCUGGGGGCCGGCGGCCAGGCCUGGGACCAUCUCUCCUUGUCCAGAGUACAUGUACCAAAUGAUGAAGUUCAACAAGUUCUCUCUGCCUCCGGAGGCCUUCUACAUGAUCCGUUUCCACUCCUUCUACCCCUGGCACACUGGUGGUGAUUACCGGCACCUCUGUAGCACCCGGGACCUCGACAUGCUGCCCUGGGUGCAAGAAUUCAAUAAGUUUGAUCUCUACACCAAGUCGGAGGACCUGCCCGAUGUGUCUGAGCUUCGCCCAUACUACCAGGGCCUCAUUGACAAAUAUUGUCCCGGGAUCCUCUGCUGGUAGCGGCCCCUGCUCGGGUCCGAGCCCAGGCUCCUUGGCCCUUCGACAGCCCAGCCACGCUCGCCUGCCUCACCAGGAGCAGCCAGCUCCUUCCCUUGGGCUUGCCCGCCUGCCCACAGGCCCUGGCUCCCCCUUCCUCGGAGAGGAGAUCCUGGGGCCCAGGAGGGGCAGCUACUCCCAGUCCCCGCCACAUCUUCCCUGGCACACGCCAGGGUCGCUGGGCACUGCUCAGAAGGAAUAAAGAACGGACGCACCCGG